AUGGACAGAAUCCGCCAAAUUAAUCGUGGAAGCAGCAAAAACUACCAAGAAGAAGCAAAUAGCAAUUCUUUUAUCUUCGCAGCGGUUCCAGAACAUGUCGCCGAAACGUAUUCUAGAGCUGCUCUUGAAUUGCUACCAUUCUUGGUUCCGGGAAAAGGAAGAGGGGAUAAAGCAGCUCGACAUUUGGUCGAUUCAAGAUUGGAAUCAGCUAAUUUGCAAAGUUGCAUCAUGGAAGAAAGACGUGGAUCGCCAUUCAUCCUAUACAUUGGAUCGACAAUCCACCUCAUUAUGGAGAGUAAUCCAUUUAUGCGAUUUAAUACAACUGCAGACGCCGUGAUUGGAUUAAUGGCGACCUACUACGUCUUCCACUUCAAAUACAGCGAGAAGGUUCAAAAUGCAUUGCUAUUUCUUCAAUCAUACGUUUUUGGCGAAAAGGACAAAGCAAUGUACGCCUACGAUAGCGAUCCGUAUUACUAUGGUGAUAAGCCUAAUUGUGACGAAGACAAAAAGAAGAAAAAGAAACCGUGGGACGAUUUGUCGAAGAAGAGCAAGGCCAGCAUCAUUUUAGGCUCGAUUGGAUUAGCUCUAAGCAAAUUAGGAUUAAUUUCAUUUUCUUCAAUUGCUACUUUGACCGACACGACCACCACAUCUACCACGUCGACCACAUCGACCACGACGCCAUCGACCACGACCCCAACGACGACCACACCAACGACGACGACACCAACGACGACGACAACUACAUCUACGACGACGACCACAACGACUACGACAACAACUACAACAACAAUGAUGCCAAUGACGUGUGCGAAUCAAGUGACAAAUACCACGGGAGAUUAUAAAACUAUUCGAACACCUGGCGAACAAAUGGAACAAUGUGUCUCCGUCACUGUACCGGCCGGCAGCAAAAUCCAAAUCACCUGCACUUCCAUCAACGUCUCCACUGGAACAUACGUCACCAUACUGGACCUUGCCGGGACGAGUGUCGUUGCAAAUCCACCCAUCAUAAACACAGCGUAUACCACGGCGGACAAUACGAUGAUUAUCAAAUCUCUCGCCAGCAGUGCCAACGCCGAUCAGCUGUGUUGCAAUUGGAUUACAGUUUAAUUAAAACAUAGCAAGCAAUUUGCCAGUCUUGUUAUUUGAAAAAUAAUUUUGUUUUAAUUUAUUAUGUUUAUAUAACGAAAUGAAGAUGAGCCGUCGCCGCAUAACUUCAUAUUACAGGCCUAUAUAGAAUAAGAUUAUUCUUUUUGUGAUUUUUGCUACGAUGACACAUACGAUUAAUAAAUAAUGAAACAGAUAUAAAUGUCAA